GAGAAAUGGAUCUGGUGGAGGUGCUCGUUAUGGCCCUUUUCCUAAUGGCGGUCAGAAAAGCCCAGCCUAAGCCAAGUGAACCUCCUGCUCUUAGUAAUACCAGCAGCAGCAGCACAACUGUAGAACCAGAAAUUAAAAAAUUACGUCUGAUGGAUGGAGGAAGCAACUGUUCAGGCAGAGUCGAGUUGGAAGUCAUGGGUAUCUGGGGCACAGUAUGUGGUGACAAAUGGGACCUGGAUGAUGCUGAAGUUGUGUGUCAGCAACUUGGUUGUGGUUCAGCCGCUGAGGCUCUCAGUGGCUCUCAUUCCCAAAAUGGGACAAGACCCGUCCAUAUGAAUGAAGUGAAAUGCUUGGGGAACGAAUUGUAUCUAUGGGACUGUCUAUCCAAGAAGAGCCAUAAUUGUGGACACAAAAAAGAUGCCGGUGUGAUUUGUUUAGGCUCACUGGCUAUCCAGACGCCUACAGAUACAACAGAAAGAGAAACUUUGACUUCAGUCUCCCAUUUACCCAGUAUAACUUUAACAACUCCUGAAGAACUGAAAGCAACAUCACCAGAUCGGAAACUGCGGAUCACCUGCAUCAUUCUGGGUUUUCUCCUUUUUCUGAGCAUUGUGAUUAUUAUCCUUCUGCUGAAAAGACAGAAGAAAAAUGAUUGUGUUAUUUCUUCUGCUCCGGUAUCUGUCCCCGUCCUGAUGAAUCACACGGUACAGAAAUUAACCACUGGAGGAGAUGUCUCCCUCAGCCUCCCCAAAACAGAAGAUGUGACCCCUUCAGCAGCCCAUGAAGACUCUGAUUCUGAUUAUGAAGACUAUGAUUUCAGCAAGAAGCCCCCUGUGCCUCUCUCUAAUUUCUAUACUUCUUUUCACUACCAAGUAACUGGUGACCAAGUUUCACCACCUCACAACUUCCCCAAACUGACAAUGCGCCAGGAGACCAAACAUCCCAAGGAUUAUCGACAACAGGAUCUUACUGCUGAAGACAGUGAUAGCACCUCUUCUGGAGAUGCAGAUUGGUAUGAGAAUAUCCACAAACCGCAGCAACAGGUGGAGCAACAAGGAGAGGAACCCUCCUUUGCAGGUAGCAGAAAAGCCACGGCAAGGACAGAAAAAGGGGUGCUUGUAUUGCAUCGGAUGUGGUGGAACAGACUAAUGAGAUUCACGCAUCUUCUAGGCUUUAUCCCACUAAUGUUGGUGGAGAUGCGGGUAGGCACUUGUAACAGUGGACACGGUAGAAGUCCUGAAGAAAUGGAUUUGAGGCUUAAUGGUACAGGCUACAGAUGUUCCGGGUGGCUGGAGGUGCUUCAUGCAGCCAUGUGGAAGAGGAUUGACAGCAGAAAUUUUACACAGCAGAAUGCAGAACUUGCCUGCAGAGAACUUGGUUGCCACUUACCCUUCGGGAUCUUGCAACCAUAUGUUGAAGACUCAGAGAAGCACGAGACUUGCUUGAUGACCUGCCAAAGGAAUGAGACAGCUCUCAAGGACUGCAUAGCCUGUGAUUCUCAUGGUUUCAUCUCUCUGGGUGUGUUCCUAGUUUGUCAAGCUCCUGUGCAAACCACCACGAUACUCCAGCCUACAACAGCACCAAUGAUGACUUCCUCAAAACCCCUUGAUCGCCCAAGGACAAAGAUUGAAGAAGGAACCUUCUUGUGUUUAGGGAUUUUGGAGCCAGAUGUUGAAGUCUACAAGAAAAUGCUUUGCCUGAAUUUACAAAAAUGGUGGAAUAAGCUGGUAUAUCCAAGACACAAGGAUCAGAACAGGGAAAGGUCGCUGCAUCACUGGGAGAAGCUGUAGUGUGAGAAAAGGAAUCUUAGUGUGGGUGACUGCUCAGGAAACACACAAGAGUGCUUAAGCCUAACCCUAGUUAGAUGUUCAGGUCAAGUUUUGAAGUCCCAUAAGUCCAGUUCAGAGACUGUCUUAGGAAUCCUGCUUGGUCUUGUUCUUAUUGCUGGUCUUCUGAUCAUCUGUGCUCUUCCUACCUACAAAAAAAUUAUGAAAAAAUAUUCCAAGAAAAGGCAGCAAUGGAUUGGCCCAAGUGGGAUGAACCAAAAUGUUUCAUUCCAUCGCAAGACCUCUACUCCCUUCCAGACACAUCUUGAAAACCCAGUUGUUCAGGAAGCCUCCCAGAAAACUUAUCUCUCACCUUAUGCAGCUUUGGAAGGGGCAGCCAACAGAUCUUCCAGCCCUUUGGAUAACUCCUCUGACAGUGAUUAUGACUUAUGUUCUGCACAGCAGCUGUAAAUUCUGGGAAGAAUGGAUGACACUCCUUCCUGUUCAC